AUGCGUAAUGACCUGUCUAGGCUCCAGAUCCGUUGUGUUAACUCUGGCCAGGGCUGUGAUGCCGUCUGCUGCCUGGAGACACUUCACACACACGAGGACGAGUGUCCAUUCACCUUCAUAUCCUGCUCCUCCACAGGUGGAGACUACAUAUGUUACCAGUGCGGUUGUCCGGUGCAGGUGGAGAGGAGGGGUCUAGAUUCUCACCUGUUGGAGUGUGAGUUCCGCAGCAGGGCGUGUCCUAGCGGCUGUGGCCACACCCUCCUCUCUGUAGACCAAUCACAGCACAACUGUGUUGCAGAGCUACGAACAGAAUUAGAGCUGCUCAGGGCAGAGAUGUUGGGUAAGGUGGAGGAGGUGAGGCGUGAGAUGGAGUCGAGGCUGGACUCUCAGAGGAGACACAUGGUGCAGAAAGAGUCUCUGCUGAAGAGCGAGGUGGAGGACCUCAAGGGCCAGGUGUCGAGGGUGGUGUGUGAUGUGCGGGCUCUCUUGGGGGCAGAGCGCCUGCGGAGACAGGAGCUGGCAGAAGCGGAGCUAGAGAAGAGGGAGCUACUGGAGACGCUCCGGAGCCUGCAGCCAUGCAGGGGCCAGCGGAACAGAGACGAGCCAAUCAGAGGACUGUAUCAAGAAGACGGGACAAUUAGUAGCCAGCAUCAAGUGGAACACCCAACCAGGGGCCUGCUGAGGGCGUGGUCAACACAGGCUUCUACCCAAUCACUACCCUCGGCUUUGCCCACUCCAGCCUUAUACCCGCCUACCUCCCCACAGCUAGGGGAGGGGUCACGCAAGGCCCGCCCCCGCAGCCUUACCCUCGACUGCAUCAAGAGCAGAGAGGUCACCGUCAUCUGAGGGGCCAUUCCUAAUGUUACUGUGUUAUGUUCAGCACUGGGUUAUGUUCAGUAGGCGCAAAUGAGAGAAAAUGCUUUAAGUUCCUCAAUUCCUUCUUCAUUUAACUGUCUCAAAACAUUUUUAUCUGGUGUGGCAUCUCCUGAACGCACCCUUGAUGAUUGGCAGGUACCUGUGACAUUGCUUCAACUCAGAGAAAACCAGCCUGCUGAGAUCCUAAAUAAAG